UUUGAACCUUUUAUUCCUAAUUGAGGCAAGCUGUUUAUUAAGUUAUAAGAAGGAAAAUGCGCCAUGUUUUAUUUCUCUUAAGACCCUCGCCUGUAGGUUCACCAACCUGCAGGCAGUCUGCGAGUUUACACCACCUGAAAAUUACUUAAGUAUCGCGGCAACUUUAGUUACACCAUACCUGAGCACACAAGUGUAACAUUAUCAGCUGGAGGCAACACCAAGAAAGCCUGCAGACGGUAUACAAUGGCAGGUUUCUGCUUGUCUUUCCUCCUGACAUGGGAACAGAGAUAGACCACUCAUUCAGCUGGAACAACACAACACUGAUGAUAGCGUACUCCUCAAGAUAGGAAACUCCCAGAUGGCUCUCAUACAAAUGCAGAGCCAUACUGCUAAAGUGGAAAGGAUCAAUAAGGAAACUGGAGAGCUGAGUGCUUCGGGGGAGUUAACAGUCUCUGUGGAGUUGAAGGUGGACAAAGUGGAGGGCUCUUGUAUGCACCCUCAAAUCCCACAAGAGCUCAAAGAUCAACUACAGGAGCUGGGAGUUCACACAUGCUCGAGCCCUGGCGACAGUAGUGACCAUGUUCCUUUAGAGCAGAAAGAGGAGCAUCUAGUCAAAGUCCUGCCUCUCUACAUUCAGGCCUGUGAGGAUGAUUGCAGACUAGAAGGUCUGAACAUAAAGGGGCUUGCAGCUCUCACUGCUGACAUUGUCAUCCAUAACAUCCACAACAGACUGGCAGAAAGGCCUGCAGAGGGGGCUCGCAAUGAGGUGGUGCAGUUUUUCCAAAGGCCGGAUACGAAGGAAACUAACUGUGAGACGACAGACAAUAAAGGAUGGCUGCUGUUAAAGUCUCUGCUGCUGUUGACAGCUGACAGUUCAGAUAUACUGUCAAGUAUAAACCCAGGGCUCCCUGCUGCUUUGGUGAAAUGUCUGUACCUGCUAGUGUGCCUUCCAGCCAAAAAGGAGAACAUGGCUGUAGAAGAGACUUUUCAGGAGCCACUAACACAAGUUCUCAUUCAGCUCUGUAGGCAGCCAGUCAAUGUGGAGAGACUAGUGGAAACUCAGGAAUUGCAGUGUCUUAUCAUUGGCCUCACAUCACUAUGGGACCAGACCAGCACCGCCUGGAGGCAUCAGGCCUCCCGUGUCCUCAAGACAGUCUCUGCUGUAGCAACAAGCAAUGUUGUCCCGAGUUUGCAAGGCAAGAACUGUGUGCGUAUCUGCACCCAGAACCUGUUGCACAUCAGGGCUGAUGUCUCAGGACCACUGCUGGCUGAGGUGGCUGUGGCUGUGUUUAGCUUUAUUAGAGACACCUAUGCCCUCAAUCCAGCACUUUUUGUGGAAUUUGACACCAACAAUGGCUACACAGCCCUUGAGAACAUCCUGAAACGCUGCGAGGAAGGUUUUUCUGUGGAUCAGUUACAGCCUGUGGAGGAGUUGCUGGCUCUCAUUGCGUCUUUCACCCUGCUUGGAAAAACAGAGCUAAAAGUGGCUCUUUGUGUCACUAACCCACAGCCUCCAGGCUUUAAGUUUGACCCGCCACUCACCAAAGGUUCAGCAGUAAAGAACCUGCCAGCCUUCCACCUGCUGCAGGCCUCCUUGCUGCGUUCCCAAGACUCUCUGCUGUGCUGCCAGCUUCUUCGAACCUUGCAGUCAAUAUGGGAAAAGGACCCAGCAAAUUUCUUCCUCUUGGAGUGGACUGUCCAGUCGAUGGCCCAGCUGGCUGCCUGUGUGUACCAUAAACCAGCACCUGUCCUAAAACUAUUCUUUUCACUGCUGGAGAUGGUGGUAUUUAAGAUGAACUACAUCCCCCACGAGACCCUGCGGGCACUGUUGGGUGUGCUGAAGCAGAGCUGGGCUGGGACACUGGCUGGAGGAGUUGUGGGAAUAGAGUUUGGAGUGGUGGCUCUCAAGAGUUUUCACAGGAUGACGGUGCACAAUGGUAUGCUGGCUGAAGUCCUGACUGACUGGGGUCUGCUGGAGCUGCUGCUUGGGGAACUUCGUAGAAGAGCUAAGAUCCUCAGAAAGGCUGGAGUUGUCUCUUCCCCUCAAAAAGAUCCCCAGCAACUGCCAUGUAUGGAGGACAGUGAGAGACUGCUCACCACCUAUAUGCUUCAAGUUGUGUCAAUCCUUACUCUGCGUUCAAUCAAAAACACAGUUUCAGUGCGAGACCUUGGUAUGGUUCCCUACAUAAAGAUCUUCUUGGAUCAGGAUCAGUAUCGAGGUCCCACUCUGAACAUUUUGGAGCAGCUAGCUGAGAUUAACCCUGAGGAGUUCAUGAGCACGGCCAUUGGAGCCCUCUGCUCCUCUACACAGCAGGAACUUGGAUUGAAGCGGGACCUUUUGCAGUCGGUGCUGAAGGUGCUCGAGAGCCCUAGCAGCUGGGACGCCUUCAGGAGAGCUGGAGGCUUCAAUGGACUGCUGUCUCUCGUGAUCGACAUGGAAGGAGCGCUGUCUGACCCUCCCCAGGGAGAGGUGUGGAAGUCACUGGGGCAUCAACCACUGCUGGACCUCCUCCUCCUCACUCUUCACAUUCUGGCCUUGGCUGUGCAUCUUCACACAGUAAAUGCACACCAUUUUGAGACUGGUGGCUUUUAUGAAAAGCUGGCAGAGGCUCUACUCCACCUUGGCUGCUUCCACACCGAACGCAAGAAAAACAAGUUUGAUGGAGAAGAGGGCUUCUGUGCCAAGACUUCAGAGGACAACCAGUCUCCUGGAAUGAGCUUCCACCAGUUUGUUGAGUUAGCAGAGGCCUCUGAAGCUCCUUCCUCUCCCUCUACCAACCCCGCGCAACCCAAUCUGCCUGUUACACUUCGAACAUGUAUAAGGCUGCUCUCCUAUCUUGACCAAUUUGCCACUGGGACCUACUCUCCUCUGGAGUUAAACCUAGGACAAGAGUCUAAGGAUACAUGUGAGGGAGAUAAAGAGAAACUAAAUGAACAAGCAGUGUAUUCAGGUUCCCCCCCUGUCCAUUUGGGAACAGACCCACAGUCUAUGGAGGACACACUGGGAAGAUCCAGAAAUGCUGCACUCAGUAUUUCCACAGUCUGCACUGAGUCUCAGUUCAGGUUCACCUGCGAUCAUGUUAUUCUUCAUCCAGGAGCAAUCCGAGUUGUUAUGACUCUCCUUCCAUCAGUGUUUACCCCUGAAGACCCACAGCUCUCUAGAGAGGUCCAGUUCUCACUAGCUCACCACAUCCAGGCCAUGGUGAAAUCUGAGCGAAACCGCCAAGUAAUGUGUGAGGGGGGGCUUGUUUCCACGCUCCUGACCCACUGUCAGCACAUGCUUCUGGUUUCAAACCACCCGUUACAUCUACCUGUUACACGGAUAUUGGAGAAGCUCUCCUCCCAGGCCAUCACACAUACAGACUUAAGAAAGUUCCUGUGUUUAGGGGACCCUCUGUGUGUGGCAAACAAAACGGCCAUGCAAUCACAACUAGACAACCCGCUGGUUAAAGAUGUUUCAAAUGAUCACAGUACAGAGGCAGCUACCUCUUCUGGAACUGCAGUAAAGACAUUGAAGCGGACCUUCAGCUUGAUACGCUCCACAACUCGCAGUCAAUCCUCUGUUGGUUCUGCAAUCCCUGUCCACCAGAUUAUCAGUCUGGUGUCCAUGACAUCACCGCGCACCUUUAGACCACACAGAGUCUCAUCCUCACCUGCCUUUGUCGAGUUUGAUAUGAGCGAGAGUGGAUAUGGCUGCCUUUUCCUGCCUUCUCUGGCCACAGUGAAAGGAGUGACUGCGGAUUCAAUCUCAACAGGUGGAAUUGGAGGAGACUGCCGGGGUUUCCCCCCUACAGCUGGUCUCUCAUUUUCCUGCUGGUUCCAGAUCAACAAGUUUAGUUCGGCCUGUGAUUCCCACCCAAUCCGACUACUGUCAGUGGUUCGCCACAUGUCCCGGACUGAACAACAGUACAUCUGUCUGUCUGUCUCCUUCUCAGCCUAUGACGGCUGUUUAGUCAUCUCCACAGAGGAGGAAGCAUUCACAUACCUAGAUAUGAUGGAGCCAGAAGUUUGCACUCCCACUUCUUUGCCUACAUCAUUGAGGUUUCGCUGCUCCAGCAUGCUGGUCCCAGGUCAGUGGCACCAUCUGGCUGUGGUCAUGGCCAAAGAUGUGAAGAAGAGUUGUCUGGCUUCAGCAUACUUCAAUGGCAAGGCAGUGGGGACAGGAAAGAUGAGGUAUAUUCAGCCAUUCCCUGGUCAGUACGUCUCCAUGGACCCCACAGCUGUGAUUGAUGUGUAUGGACUGAUAGGAACACCACCUCUCUGGAAGGAGCACGCUGCUCUCGUGUGGCGAAUGGGUCCCGCCUACAUGUUUGAAGAUGCUUUAAGCCCUGAGGCUGUAGGUGUCAUAUACACACAGGGCACCGCCUAUGUGGGUAACUUCCUGGCUUUGCGCAACAUAGAUCCAGACGCUGAAUCUCUCCCUCUCAGGCUGGUUCCUGAGGAGAGAAUCUCAUUUGGUAUCAAUCCAGCGAUUUCUACAUUAACAACUGUUGCACAGAUCAGAGAGGAUUACAAUGAGGUGGACUGCAGGCUGAUUGCUAAAGAGAUGGGGAUAACAUCUCGAGAUCAAUCCACCCCUGUGCUCCUCGUUCGAAACAUCAGUCAGCACCUGAGUGGUACAGCUCGCACCAUAGGAGCAGCCCUAGUUGGACAUUUUGGUGUGCGUACUUUCACCCCCAGGGGUGCAUCCAAUGGUUUCCUGUAUGUCGGCGGGCCUGCAGUUGUUCUCAGUCUAGUUGCAAUGGCACCAGAUGAUAGCUCUCUGUACGCAGCUGUUAAAGUUCUUGCUUCUGUGCUUGAGACCAACCCUGCCAUGCAACAGGAAAUGGACCGCAUCAAUGGAUACAAGCUACUGGCUUUCCUGUUGAAAAUGAAGAGCAAUCUGCUCAGCCACAGGACCUUUCAGUUGGUUUUGUAUCUCUCAAGUUCAGUGGAUCUGAGCUCUGGGUCUGGUUACCUACACAACACACCUGCUUUCCAGGCCCUGCUGUGUGACCUGGAGGUGUGGCAGAAAACGUCAGAUAAUCUGGACAUUUCAGUUCUAAACCACUUUGCUGAAAUCCUGAAGUCCUCAAGCAGUGACAGCACAAAUGUAGCAGUCAUGCACAGUAUGGGCCUGCUACCAAAGCUGCUAUUCAAGCUAUCUGAUCCUACCACAACUGUUCAGAAAGUUAAGAUCAUUUCUGGUUUCAUCACAUCCCUGCUAAAAGCUGACUUUAGUCCUCUGGACAUCAGCAGACUUGGUCUCUUCCUGGUCUACACACUUCCUACUCUUAGUAACACAAAUGAAGGAAACAAGAUAUCCGACAGUGAUCUUUCACAGGAUACACCAGGUCAGAGUUCUGAUCCCGCCAGCCUCAUCUGGAUCCGCAACCAGAUGUUGUUCGCUCUUUGCGAAAUCCUCAACUCAGCCAGGCUUCUAAUAAAAGAUCAGCAGAAGGCCUUCUUCGGUGCCCUGGGCAGUGAUUGGUUCCUGCUCUUCCUUCAGCCCCACCUUCACCCCUCCACCUUGAAACUGGGUCUUGUCUUACUCACACACUUUCUGUCGAGUCCCAGCCAGCAGACCAGCUUCAGAGAGGGGGUACUCCCAGGAACAUUCAUAGACAGCAUUGAGGAACCUUCUGCUGUCAUGGACAACCUUGGAGCCCAUUCUCGGUCUUAUGAGUGCUCCAGCACCACGUGUCCAGGCUUUGAUGUUCUACAGGGGCUGCUGAUCAGACACUCUGGCAUGCCUCAGGUUUAUACAGCCCUGGCUGCUCUGCUGUUGGGGAAGAAGGCCAGUCACACUGCAGAGGGAGAGGUGCAUUUGGAUAAUGUCCUACAGUCAUUGAUUGACAGCCAAGCAGACUCUCCUGCUCAGCACCUCUGUGUUGAAGCUGCAACAAUACUGCUGGAAUUAGUCAAAGUCAUCGUCACUCAGCCUGUUCCUCUAACAAAGCACAACUCAGGCACUGAUGCAUCAUGGGAGUAUCAGCUCCCAGCAAGUGUGAUGCAGUUUUUCUGUCUGCUCCAUAACCUCCGGCCAAGGGACCCACUGUGGUCAUCACCAGAGUUCCUCCAUGCACUCGCUGGAGUUGUGUACCCAGUGGACAGUUCAGAGACUGUGGUUGAGCCUUGCAUAAUGAGUGAAGCUGAGGACACAUUCAAGUCUCAAUCAAACAGGAAGCCAGUGUGCGAUUUCAUCCGUAUUCUGCUAAUGGACAGUCUUCUUAAUGUGUCUGCCAACACCAGCACACAUCCUCUCAUUCUGUUGCUGGAGUUUUGUCCUGAUGGUGCAUCACUGGGACAGAAGCAGAGUUUCCAGACUGAGCUACUGGAAUUUAUCAUGGACAUCAUCUACAUGCUCAGUCAAGAGGAAGAAAACAGCACUCAUCUCAUCUCACAGGACUCCCAGAGUGAAGGACAGAUGGGGACAUUGAUGGAGAAUGUGGUGCUCUUCAGUAAGACUCUGCUGCAGAAACUUUACAGUGGAACAUUCUUGGCAGACUCCGAGAGUUUGCUGAACUUCCUCACAGACCAGAUUGUAGUGGCUCUGGAGAAAGGCCAAACUCAGAAGGAGAAGAUGGUGUCUGCCCUCUACUCGUGCACCAAUAAAGUCCUGCUUUAUUUCUUGUCUCAACCGCGUCAGACCCAAGAAGAAAAGGAAGUGGUCAUCAGGGCAUUACAGACCUUUAUGGAACGCUGGGAUGUUGUCAUGGCAACUUACAAUUCAAAUGCGAACUUCAUUACAUGCCUCCUUCGUUGCCUGUUACUGAUACGAUCUUGCAGCUACCCUGAAGGUUUUGGAUGUGUGGCACAAAAAGUGCACCACAGGAAAACUUUGUCAGUCCUGUUUGCUACCAAAUCCAGACCCCUCAGCAACAGAGCAGACAUUACCACAGAUGAGAGAGAACUAGUGUCCUUAGCAGAGGCGUGCUGGUCAAAGGUCAUGACGGAGAGGCAACACAUGCUUGAAGAAACCUUUAAGAUCGAGAUCUCAGCAAGCCACACAGCAGAGACUGGGCCUGUCAGGAUGACGGACAUCAGCCCUCUGUGGGAGGAGAUGGCACACAAAUCUUGGCUGCUAUUUACAGAAUCUCAGAAGAAGAAGGUAGCGAGCGGCUCUCAGAAUACAUUUGAAAUAAUCAGCAGCGCUGUUCGCUCAGCUCUGGGCAGACAAGGCAAAGAGUCAGUAACAGUACAGGAGUUUCUGUCCUACAUGGAGUCACAUCGACUGAGAGGCCACAGCAUGUUUGAGAAUAUGAGGACAAACCACUUACAGCUACAAGCCAGUAUGUGGGAGGGAGUGAGCUCCAAGUGGCUGCAUGUGGAGGCUGAGCUACUGAGAGAGAGAGCUGUGUUCGGCCCUGGCCCAGGAGUGCUGCUGAGCCGAGACUGGGUGCAAGAUGCUGCUGAAGGACCCAACCGGACCAGGCCACGCAUCCGCAGAAAGGCUCUGAGACGGGUACAAGGAACGCUGUGUCUGGGUUUAAGAACUGGCAUGUCAGAUGAGAACAAAAAUAAAAUAGAAGGUGACACAGAGCCCAAGAUCUUGUGUGAAGUUGGAGCAGAGGCUAAAGAGGAUGAAGAGGAGGGGGGACAGGAUUGUGACCGUCUGACCUUCUUCCCUGUUUUGAAAGAGACAACUGCAAUCACAGAGGAUGCACUCGACCCCUUAACACCCGAACCCUGCUCCCACACACAAGAUUGCCCCGACAUACGCAUAAUCCUGCAGGAGCUGCACCCUGGAGCUGAGGUAAAGGCUAAGAUGUGUGUAGUGAUGGUGAGCGGCCUCAGUGUGACCGAGGGGGUGCUGCUGUUUGAGAAGGAGAGCUUGCUCUUGUGUGAGGGAUUCACUCUCAGUUCAGCUGGAGAUGUCUGUUGCAGGAAACACCACCCCAGCAGUGUGAGAGAUUCCUCUAUUUCCACCACGCUGAGUAAAGAGCUGCCAAAAGCCAGGUGCAGACGCUGGCCGUAUGAGGAUAUCAAGGAGGCCCGCUUCAUGCGUUUCCUUUUAGAGGACAAUGCUAUUGAGGUCUUCAUGAAAAAUGGACUUUCAGCCUUCCUGGUGUUCCUGAAUAGAGACCAUGUCUCUGCAUAUAAAAGGAUGUGCUCAAUAGUGCCAGCAUUAAAAGGCAGAGGGGUUGCUGAGGUCAUUGCUAGUGCCAAGAAGACUCCUGUGGUUGAAAAGGCAGCCCUUGUAAAAUGGCAGAAAGGGGAAAUAAGUAACUUUGAGUACUUGAUGCAUCUGAACACAAUCGCUGGGAGGACAUACAAUGACCUGAUGCAGUAUCCAGUCUUUCCCUGGGUUCUAGCUGAUUACCAGUCAGAGACCCUCAAUCUGUCAAAUCCUGCAACUUUCCGUGACCUGUCUAAGCCAAUGGGAGCGCAGACAGAGAAAAGGAGACAGAUGUUUUUGCAGAGAUAUGAAGACGUCGUGAAUGAUGAGGAGGAAGGAGAUAUGUCUGCACGAUGCCACUACUGUACCCACUACUCCUCAGCCAUCAUUGUAGCGUCCUUCCUUGUCAGGAUGGAGCCAUUUUCACACACCUUCCAGACACUGCAGGGAGGGUUUGAUAUCCCAGAGCGGAUGUUUUUCAGUGUAAAGAAGGAGUGGGAGUCAGCUUCCAGAGACAACAUGGGGGACGUAAGAGAGCUGAUCCCAGAAUUCUUCUACCUGCCGGACUUCCUGCUCAACUCCAACCACAUCGAGCUGGGCUGUAUGGAGGAUGGUACAACUCUGGGAGAUGUGGAGCUGCCUCCAUGGGCAAAAGGUGACACCCAGGAGUUCAUUAGAGUCCAUCGAGAGGCCUUGGAAAGUGACUACGUGAGUUCCCACCUCCACCUGUGGAUUGACCUGAUUUUCGGGUACCGGCAACAAGGCCCUGCUGCUAUAGAAAGUGUGAACACCUUCCAUCCUUACUUCUAUGCUCAGAAAGGCCGGCAGAAUGCUAAGGACCCUAUUGUUAAAAGCACAGUUUUGGGAUACAUCAGCAACUUUGGCCAGGUUCCCAAGCAGCUCUUCACCAAGCCGCAUCCACCUCGCACUGGCUCUAAGAAAGAAGGAUCAUCCCCAACCCAUCCAACUCCGUUUUUCUUCAAACUGGAUAAACUGAAGGCCUCUGCGCAGCCAUUCAGAGAGCUGCCGAGAGGCCCAGUUGGUCAGAUACUGUGUCUGGAAAAAGAGGUUAUGGUCCUGGAGAGAAACCGUCUCCUACUGUCACCUCUGCUGGGCUGUUACUUCAGCUGGGGCUUCCCUGACAACAGCUGUGCUUUUGGAAACAUUGCCACAGAAAAGACCUUUGCUGCGUGUGAGAGUUUGUGUGACUGGGGAGAGACGUUAUGCGCCGCCUGUCCCAACCCAACGACCAUCGUCACUGCAGGAACCAGCACUGUGGUUUGUGUGUGGGAUGUAGCAGUCAACAAGGACAAAGUCACUCACAUGAAACUCAGACAGCCGUUAUACGGUCACACAGACUCUGUGACAUGCUUGGCCGUGUCUGAGGUCCACAGCAUGAUUGUAAGUGGCUCCCGUGACCUCACCUGUAUCCUGUGGGAUAUGGAGGAGCUAAGCUACAUCACUCAGUUAGCAGGACACACAACCAGCAUUUCUGCACUGGCCAUCAAUGAACUCACUGGUGAGAUUGCGUCAUGUGCGGGACCUCGGCUCUACCUGUGGACCAUGAAAGGUCAGCUGCUGACCUGCACUGACACUUCCUGUGGGCCUCGGCCAGACGUCCUGUGUGUCAGCUUCACGCAGCUACAUGAGUGGGAUGCCAAGAACGUUAUCAUCACUGGCUGUGCGGAUGGCAUCAUACGGAUAUGGAAGACAGAGUACACCAGAACACAAUUACCUGGCCCUCCAGAAGAGCCUGUGUCCCCAGGGCAAGACCGAACAGAGAGAGACGUGAGCAACUCAUGCCAGGUUAAAGGCUGGGAGAGACAUCUGGUGUUGUGUCAAGAGCUGAACAGAAGUCAGACUGUGUCGCAACGCCGCUUCAAGAAUAAUCCGGCCAUCACAGCGCUGGCCUUGUCCAGGAGUCAUGCUACUCUGUUGGCGGGCGAUGCCUGGGGCAGAGUUUUCACCUGGACCUGUGAGUGAGAGGUGGCAGGUUUUGAGUACAAUCAUGCCUCCGGCCACCAUUUCUACACACCCUUUAUCCUCUCAGAGAGACUCUGACACUGGAAAUCUAUCAGAAGAGUCCCCAGGGACAAGACCGAGCUGAGCACUGAGAAAUGCUGUAUUUCAGUUCAGGUCUGUGUGUGUGCAUUCAGGGAGAUCAUUGAAGCAAUAUUUGGUAUAUUCAGGUCUCAGACAAUAUAGAAUAUUUCAUCUCUUACAUGAUAUUUAUUUCUGUAUGUUUCUCUGUAAAUACUGAAUUUCAACAAAUAUGAAUAAAACUGUUGACGUUUGCUUAA